UUCUCCUUCAACCCUUAUUAUUUGUGAGAGACAUUUGACAGUUUUCAGAGUUGCAUUUGGGCCGGACUGAAUGACCUGGCAGCUACUGUCAAGUCAUGAACGUCGUGGUUGGAUUGUUGCUGACCCUACUCAGAUUCACCCCUGAAUCUGCAGCAGGAGAAACUCACUGUGAUGGAAGAGAGGAUGGAGGUCGGUGUUUUGUAGCUUUGGGAGCAACAGUGAUCAUCCAGCUGCUCAGCAAAGUGUCAGAAAUACCUAAAUAUGAAUGGAAAAAUGAAAGAGUUGUAAUUCUUAGAGGCAAAGGGUACAAUUUCUCUCAAAAUACCCUUCAGAACAGAUCUCUUUUUAUUCCCAGCAUUGGUACAGUUAGAAUCAAAAACCUCCGGAGAACAGACAGCGGAGAAUAUACUUUGAAUAUCUUUGAUUCAAAUGGACGAAAUAUGGAAAGCCGCGCUCUUCAGCUGAUUGUUCAAGCUCCUGUGUCUUCUGUCCAUCUGGUCACUGAGUGUUUGUCCCGGUUAGAGAUGAAGGUGUCCUGUCUCACUGAGGGAGGGGACAGCCCUCAGUACAUUUGGACUCUGGACAGAGACAAACUGACAGACUCUGAACUUCUAUCAGCAAACAAUGAGAAUAACAUUAUUAUUCUGCGACACAGUGUCUCAGGAAGCCUGGCCUGCUCAGUCAGGAAUCACAUCAGCUUUGGUUUCAAAGAGCAGAUCAUCUCUGCUUGUAAAGAGUUUACAGCAGGAGAAACUCACUGCGACGCCACAGAGGACAGAGCUCAGUGUUUUGGGGCUUUGGGAGGAACUGUGAUCAUCCGGCUGAUGAUCAACGCCUCAGAAAUACCUAAACAUGAAUGGAAAAAUAAAACAUCCAUAAUCCUCAGAGGUGAAGGGCAUAACUUCUUUCAAAGUGUCCUUCCAAACAGAUCAUUCUUUCUUUCCGGCAAUCAUAUGAUUAGCCUUAAGAACCUCAGCAGGUCUGACAGUGGUGAAUAUACUCUGGAAAUAUUUGAUUCUGAAGGACAGGAAACUCUGCAAACUCUUCAGCUGAUUGUUCAAGCGCCUGUGUCGUCUGUCCAGCUGGUCUCUGAAUGUUUGUCCCAGUUAGAGAUGAAGGUGUCCUGUCUCUGUCAGAGAGGGGACAGUCCUCAGUACAGCUGGACUCUGGAUGGACACACACUGACAGACUCUGAACUCCUCUAUCAGCAUAAUGAGACGAACAUCAUAGUUCUGAGAAAAAACAUCUCAGGUCGUCUGGUCUGCUCAGUCAGUAAUCAAGUCAGCUACGCCUCUGAGGAAAAAACUCUAUUUGUUUGUAAAGAUAACUCCCUGCUCGUACACAGUUUGAUGUUUGGUGCAACAAUUCUUUCCUGUGGCGGGAUCUGGCUCUACUUCAAACUGAAGGAGAGCAAAUACAAGGACUUUGUCACUUACACCAGAAAAGAAAAUCCAGAUGACUUUAAUGUAAUUGAACAGUCUGAUUUAACUAAGCAUAAACACAAAUAA